AUGCAACGUUCGCCAGACACUGCGAUUGGUUCCCAUGCCAUGCUCACCAGGCGGUUCUCUGGUGGAGCUUCCGCUGAUUUGCAAGGAUCCAAGGAUACAAAUGGGAGGCUAGAAAAAGUGAGAAUAAGCCGGAGACCAUCCAAGGCAUAUAUAAGUGGGACAUGGGCAGCCCUACUAACGGCGUUGGCAGUUGCGACGCUGUUGAGCAGGUGCUUCCACCUCGUUGACAAGUGGAGGAAGUAUGAUGAUGGGAAAAGACGGCUGGCAAGUGGCUUACCGUCAUCUGAAAUUGACCCGGAAACACAGGCCAUUCUUGAGCUGUGUCUUGACUUGGAAGGAAUAGGCCCACAAACGUUUCCCACGAGCUUACCACCCGUUCCGGCAGCAACAACCUUAGAGGGACCGUUGGGAAUUGAACCACAAACGUUAGAUCAGUUUGGAGUUGGUCACAGACUUAAUCGGAGUCGCCAGACAUGGCAACCCACACCUCAGUGGGGUUCUCCAUCCCAGGCUCUAGUCCCGCCGUUUCUUGGCACAGCGAUUGUGACUUCCACGCCAGUAACGGUUGCAGCAGCAACCCCAGUUACUAAUUCUACCCCAUUCUAUCAAGUAGCAGGCCGGAGAAACAUGUCUUCUCAGAGCGCAGUGACUUGGGCUGAUGCUAACCGUUUGGGCAUUGGUUGGCGUCGCUGCCAUCAGGGAACAGCGGCUGCCAACAUAAUGUUGGAGACGAGGAGCCUAAUUCUUGAAAGACCUUUCGCAUUGCACUCUGUACAAAACGAGCCCCGGGAUGUUACUGAACCGAAAUUAUCGCGAGGGCUUCCAGGGAGGAGCAGAACACUCCAGGCAGAUCCACCGGAGGCGUCACCGAGCAUGACCCCGCAGGUUUCUCCACAAGUAUCCCCUUGUAGUGGGCUUAUAGACAUGCCUAACCCUGGUGAUGAUUCAGAUCCUGGAGAAGGGCCUUCAAGUGGGCAAAGCACUCUCCUUCCAGCGAGUGUGUAUCGCGGGGGGUCGUGGAAGCGGAAGAGACACUCGGAAGCCUCGCCAAAUUCAUCAUUGACGACAAUUCCUACUAGAACACCUGUACGGAGGAAGCCGAGACAAGCCUCAUCAGAAGGGCACCUGCCAUCUUCCAUCCUCCUCAGUCCACUAUCUGUUGAAGACGUUAAGGAUCCACAAAGCCAUCUCUUUUUUCGGCUUCCGAGACUAGGUGGAUGUCCAAUCAGAACACGAUUUUGUCAGGAAUUGGCAUUUUCAGAAACCAAGCUGCAAACUGUAACUUACUAUGGCAUAUUGGCCCUGCGCAGUUUUCUGUCCAAAGAGGCUGUUGUUUCAAAGGAGGUGACUUCUGCCAUUCGAACGGCAGAACGCCUUGUGAAUUGUCUGCUCCAUUUCCAUAGUAGCUCGGUAUACGACUUAAAACCGAACGAUGCUGUUCGCGCUCUGGGGGUUCGAUACUUGGCACUGGAUGCGCUUGUAGCCUUAUCAGAUUUGUUGGGGCAAGCAAUGCAUGCAGAAGACUGGUGGGGCAGGCUUGCACAGUGUAUUCCAUCAGAUGUGCGCUUUGUAACUAACUUCGGGGCAGCUUCCUGCCGCAACUCAAAUUGUCUUCUUGCGAUAAAGCUGAGCAAAGCAAUUGAGCAAUUGAAAAAGGGGGUGCGCCCUUGUGCAGCUGAAACAGUUAACUUGAAGCAGUGCCUGUUUUGUACUGCCUUUUCUCCUUCGUUUUUCCAGCUGCCCAAGUGGAACCCUUGGCGCGAGGAUGAUUCUUUGUCUAUUAAGUCAGUUGAUCAACCACAGGAUGAGUAUGCAUAG